UUCUCUCUGAAAAUAAAGACAAAUUGCUGAUAUGUUGAGAUUUUAAACUGCACCUAGGUGGACUGACACAAGCGAGUGACAUGUUCUGACUUGUUUUUAAUCUUGCCUUGUAUUUUUUCCCCUUUAAUUGCUUUCCAGAAAAGAAGCUGAUUCAGUUUGAUUAGUAAUUAAGAUCCUUUCAACUGCAAAUCAGCCUUUAUGUUAAAUUAAGCACUGCAUUUUCCUAGUCAAAUAUGCACUCUCUACAUUUAAGUAGUUCUAUAGAUAAGCUUACAUUUGUUCAGAUUAUAGGUUUUAAUGAAAAUCCGCAUUCACAGUUCUUAUGCAACAGGUUAUUGUCAUGUUCUAAUUGGAUUCAAUUAGCAUUACACUACUUUGUUUUGCAAGACAACCUCCUUUAAAUAUGUGGGAAGGAAAAAAAAAUGUUUUGAACCCGAACAUGGCUUUAACAAAAGUGGUAUUAUUUUCAAAUAACAUAGCUCUUUCCUAAACAUCGCACCCUUUAAUGUUUCUCAAAUAGCAGAUUUUUUUUUUAAGGCUGUAAAAAUAUUAAAAGGCUAGAUUGAGGGGAUUUUUUUUUUUUAAGUUCCAGUAUAGUUAGUUAAUUGGGUUGGACUGGUUGAAGGACAUUCUCUCCAAUCAGAAGGAAAUUAUUCUCCCUGCAGAAGAUGCAACAUUGGCAGAAGUCCAGUUUAGCUCUUGUGGAACACUGGUACCAGGUGCUCAACUAACUGCUUCUGAUCAGCCACUUUACUUGCAAUGACAGUUCUUCAAAUAAUUUUUAAUCUUGUCAUUGCAAACAUGUAGUGAUGAAACUUUCCAUUAUAUUAAUUACUUUUUUGCAAACCAUGACAUUUCUAUAAUUCUUAUAUUGUUUCUGUUUCUUUCUAGAGUAGUGUUGUAUCUUGCAGUAGAAUUCUCUACCGUAUGGAAAUUUUGGCUACAGGUAAAACCAUCAGUAUGUAGUGUCCGAAUUCAGGCAAAUGUGUAUGGGAAGGUGGAGGAAGGAAAGCCAUAUGUCCAUCCAGUACAUCACUGUGCAGAGAUAAUGAACUUAGCCCAAAGUAAUCAGUCUUCUGAAAUGCAAGCGUAAUUAGCCCACAAACAACACUCUAUUACAGCUCUACUGCCCAUGGGAGUGGAGGUGGCAUUGCUGGAUCUCGCAGACAGUGUGUGAAUUAGUAUGGUGCCGUAUUAAUUCUUACAGUGUCACUAGCUCAGGUGCCUCUAUAAUAGGCAAUUUAUUGGACAUUAUGGAAGUUGCAAGAAAGGAUAGAGCUAAGUCCCUAUAUUCUAGUUGUCAGGACAUCUCAUACCUUUAAGGAAUGUUCUAAGGAGAGUGUCUUUCUUGUUACAAUGCAGAUACUGUAGCAGUAGACUAAAGAAAUAAUAUGAAGAUUUGAAAAAUAUGAAUUUUAAUAACUGUAGCUGCUCUGCUAAAAGAAAACUUGAGAGGAUUACUUACAAGCUACUUAGGCAAUGGCCAUCAAUUCCAUAUCCAACAGCAGCUUCCAAAAGGUGGUUGUGAUGUACUGGGGGAAGAGAAGCAAAGUGGGAAAUGCCCCGUGUGAAACCUAAAGAUAUUUUGACAAACCAUGCAAGUAGUUGGAGUUUACAUAAAUGCUUAGCAUAUGGCUUACACUAAAUAACCACCGAAAAAGUACAGGUGUAUUCUGGAACAAAACUUUGGCAGAAUACAUUAUAAGAGUGAUUCAGAUUAAAUACUAGUAUGUGGUAGUUGUAGCUUGAAUUUUUUGCAUGUAGGUAACUGUACAAUUGGACCCUCAGUUUGGCCACAGGAUACAGCUUCAUUAUUGCAGUUUUCUGUAUUGUUCUCAGUAGAAAAAACAGAUGUGACAGUUCCACUUUGAAAUCAGACCUAGGGAGGAGGUAGCAUUAAAACCAUUUUGGUUCUGCUAUCGAUAAUGCAUUUAGAGGGAAUUAAUUACAAGGCAUCAGUAGGUUAAAUGAGAUUAAAUAGAAUUCAAUUAUUCCGUGAAUGUUUGAUUAUCGGAACUGAGUAAUGGCCUUCUAGAUCUCAACUCGGUUCUUUUUGGAAGAUUAUGCAAGAGUGGCCUGAGGUGUGUUCUAGGAGCCUAGAUGCCAUAAUAUAUGGAAAAUUAGUUAAUUUGCUACUAUAGUGCUUCAAGAUAAUUGGCAAUACAAAAAACUUGAUGGAUUAUAUGCAACUUCAAUGCAUAUGUGUAAAAUGUUUAUUUUCAUAUAUUAUUACAGAGCUGGCUUUUCCAGUCUCCUCUUACAAGAAUGCUUUCUACCAAGCAGCUUGAUUGAAGUUCAUUCUGUGAGUUUGAUGAAUGUUUUCUGUCCAUCAGAGGCACAACGUAUGUAGCUACUUUUGCCAGGAGUUUAGUCGUGAUUGUGUGGUCCCAGCAAUGAGUUUCUGCUGUCAGCAGUCUGUCCAUCUGGCUUUUAAACUUGGCAACAACACAGACAUUAUAGUGAUGUUCCCUUUCAAGCACAGACAUUUGAGAAUACAUGCUGACUCCAACAAGUACCAGUAAUUGCACAGUACUGUUAAAUAGCAGGCACUACACAGGGCUCCCUGGAGAAUUCACUGGGGAUACGGGUUGCUUCGUAAUGGUUCUGCUCUUUCUUCAGAAGUCAUUAUACCUGUAAAUAUUAAGAUGCCCAUGUUAAAAUUUAAGGUUCAGUAUGACAAGAAGACUGUUGUACAGAACUUUUGUAGCAUAAUAGCAGUAUUCACUGGAAGAUACCUUUAAGACUUAAUAUAUUGAACGGAGCCAAAAUAGUGGUGUAUUUUUAGAUGAGUGGUGCCCAACGUCUGAGUUUCUAGGAAUCUGCCUGGCUACACUUUCGCAUCUAUCUUAGAGUAAUUCUCCUGUUUUUCUGUGUAUCGGGUGGUACUGAAUAUAGAGAUGCCUUGAAUUUACACUUGGCUUUAUCUUCCUUUCUUAGCUUACUCCCAUGUCUGACUCCUGCUAUGAAACUGGCCAUCAAGGGUUUCAGAAGGCUCAUCCUCCCAAACAAACUCAAAUAUUUAGAAGUAAAUAAGAAGCUCAAGAAGGCAGGAAUUGCUAAUUCCUAAAGACUGCACUAUUGGAAAAAAGCCUGAGUACAGUCUGUGGAUUUUUUACAGAGCAGGGAAGGACAGGAGGCACAUGCACCUAUAGGCAAGAUAUGUGAAUGAUAAAUUUCUUCUUUACAGCAUAUAGUACUAUUUAUUAUUUUAUUUAUUUUAAAUUCUAUGCUUCCACCUGGAAGGAAGAGGAAAAAAUACUUGCAUUAGUAUUCAGCAUAAAAUACUUGAGUGUAAAAAGAAACAGUGUCUGUUGCCCCAAAAUGGAGACUGAAAUUGUCAGUGGAAGGUAGUGAAGCCCAGUGAAAUGAUGCUGUGCAACCUGGUACCUUUUAAUCCAGCUUUCAGAAAUUGCGGAAUGUCUCCACCCAGCCUUGUAACUCCACAUUAAACUUAGAGUAAAAGGAUUUGAUGUUUAAAUGUCUAAUCAAUUCAGAGCUAGUCUUUGAGAGUGUCAUGUAGUCAUCUGGUCUGAAAUAACCCAAUUCCCUUUCCCAAAAGUAUUUAUCAAAGCCCUACUAGCCAUAAAUAAACUAACUACUGGAAUCUUGUUUAACAAAAACUCCUGUGAGAUGAUGUUUGACCGUAUAUGAGGUGGUGGAAAAUUAGUCAUUGCCUUUCUGGCACUAUAGUUAGAAGUGCUGUCUAAACAAGGACUGCAGAAUUACACUGGCUUAUUUUCCAUGGGCUGCCACAUGUAUUUAUUCAGGGUCAAGGUCUAUUGAGUCCUGUGAGACUCGAGUUGAAUCCCCAUAUCUCAGACCUACUUGAAACCAUUUUAGGUUUUUUGCUCCAUUUCAUUCACCUUAUGCAUUUUUGAAUUGCUGAAAAACCUUGCUAAACUUGGCCUGCAGUUCAAUCCUGAUCCAUUUCUUUUUUCUUUAAGUAGAAUUCCUAACCAGGUAUGUUCUAACGUAAUGGGCUGUAAGCAAUUAAUCACACAGUUAUUAAUGGAAGUAGAAGGCAGUACAUUGCAAGUGUGUUCCUUUCACUUAACCAUGUGAAUUUGUGUCUGGUGAAAAUGCGAAGAUAUCAGUCAAGCUGACAGAUCCAACCUCUGUCUUCUGUGCUACUGCCCUUACCAUUGUUCAGUGACAUGGAACGUUCAGUGACGUGGAGCAUUCAGCGUGGCAGCUGGCAAUGAGAAACCCCUCCAAACAAAUCGAGUAGUGUGGUGAGUUCCAUACCUUAGCUGAGGGAAUGGCAAUAAAAUGUACCGUGAAUGCAAACGCUAAAUUACUGUAUGAAAGUUGUGCCUUUUAUAAAUAGUUUCCUGCCAGAAGUGAACGAUAGGAAACACAUUAGCAUGGGGAGCUUGCAUGCAGUUAAUAAUCUGAAUGCUAAGAAACUUUUUUCCUCCUGACAGCCCAGAAUUGUUUUAUAAAUUUUUUAAAAAUGUGAAAUAGGUGUUUGACAUGAGCGAUUAAGAGAAGCUAUUUAGAACUGCAAAAUGAAUUAGAGCUUUCAAAUGUCUUUACACAGUUAUAGGCAGUAGUAUUGGAAUUAGAAUAAUGAGCUAGGAAAUUGCUUCUUCGAAAUGAGAAACAUUUGAAACCAGAAAUAAUCUUCCAACUUUACUUCUCUGAGCUAAAUUGCUUUUAAUUCUAGAUACUCAACAGCGAUGUUGAUAUACAUCAGGAGUCUCACAAAUAGGGGUGGUUUUGUGUGUUAGAAAUUUUUGGAAUGUUGAAAUCUCCUUACGUUUUAUGCAUCUCUGCAAAAGGGAAAGGUCAGUGUCACUGGGGCUUAAUUUCAUAUUUCCCAUUGGCGUAUCUCCACUGAGAAUACGAAGCACCUAGGAGAGUUUCCAUGUUUCUAAUCCUGUUUCCCCUGCAGAGAAACUUCAUUAUUUUCAGUGUAAUGCCUCAUAUUGCUGAGCAUAAACUUCCUUUACAAAGGUGAGUGUCAUUGUUUCUGUUUACCUGGGAGAAACUGCAGCGCAGGAAUGGGGGAUGAUUCAUCCAUGUUGUCUUAGCGAUGUGCUGAUUGAGCCUCCGGUUUCCUGGUAGCUCGUGCCUUAGUCAUAUCCUCCUGUAAAGGCUGGCUUCGAGAUCACCUCUCAAGGGCUGUGCUCACAUUUUGUGUUAACAGCAAGAGGGAAAGAUACUGCAGAUUGAAUUCCUUCUCACUUGCCCUGAAAGGAGACCCUGGCAUUAUUUAUAUCUGUAGAUUUUAAUAUUAAGAUACUUCUAGAGACAAGAGUAUUUCUCUCAAAAGCAGCACACAGUGACUCCAGUGCCCGAGGUGAAGAUCUACAAGUUACUAUGGCUACCCUAAGGCUUUUCCAAGUCACACUUGCCGGAGCUCACACAGCUGGUAGCACCUGAGUUUGUGGCUGUGAGCAACAGGAACCAAAGGACGGGCUGGCUUCUUCCACCAGACCUGCUCUGCCGCUGGACCACCAGAUUCUGAAGUUUCUCCGCACCAUGUGUACCGCAGGAGAUGGCUUCUUGGAAGUGCGGCUUCCCUUCAGCUUCUCAGACAGGCUCACCCUCUGCCAUUGUUGGCGAGCGAGAAGAAAGGGCUAUUGCAAGACAUGAAGUCAGAGAGAUAGAACAACGUCAUACAGUAGAUGGCCCCCGACAAGAUGUGACACUGGAUGAAGAUGAUGAUGUGGUGAUUAUUUACAACAGAGUACCUAAGACUGCCAGCACAUCCUUCACAAAUAUUGCCUAUGAUCUUUGUGCAAAGAACAAAUACCAUGUUCUACAUAUCAAUACAACCAAAAAUAAUCCUGUGAUGUCUCUGCAAGAUCAGGUCCGAUUUGUGAAGAAUGUGACUUCCUGGAAGGAAAUGAAACCAGGAUUUUACCACGGACAUAUAUCUUAUUUGGACUUUGCAAAAUUUGGUGUUAAAAAGAAACCAAUUUACAUAAAUGUCAUAAGAGAUCCUAUAGAACGACUAGUUUCUUAUUAUUACUUUCUGCGCUUUGGAGAUGAUUACAGACCAGGGCUACGAAGGCGAAAACAGGGGGAUAAAAAGACCUUUGAUGAAUGUGUGGCAGCUGGAGGUUCAGACUGUGCUCCAGAGAAACUUUGGCUUCAAAUUCCAUUCUUCUGUGGCCACAGCUCUGAAUGCUGGAAUGUGGGAAGCAGAUGGGCUUUGGAACAAGCCAAAUACAAUCUGAUUAAUGAAUACUUCCUAGUGGGAGUUACUGAAGAGCUUGAAGACUUCAUCAUGUUAUUGGAGGCAGCUUUGCCCCGGUUCUUCAGGGGUGCCACAGAACUGUACCGUACAGGAAAGAAGUCUCAUCUUAGGAAAACAACUGAGAAAAAACUUCCAACAAAAGAAACUAUUGCCAAGCUACAACAGUCUGAAAUCUGGAAAAUGGAGAAUGAGUUCUAUGAAUUUGCACUGGAGCAAUUUCAGUUUGUCAGAGCACACGCAGUUCGGGAAAAAGAUGGAGAAUUGUAUAUUCUGGCUCAAAACUUUUUCUAUGAAAAGAUUUACCCCAAGUCAAACUAAGAACACUAUACUGUUAGAUUUAUGGAUCUAAAUCUUUGGUCACAUCGUCAUCUUAUUCCUCAGCCAUGGCAACUAGAUUACUUGUAGACCUCCAAGACUUUUCUUUAUAGAUCUGAGAAAAGCGGGCUGUGGAUCACCUCUGGGGCGUUGGAUGCUGGCUAACUAUGUUGGUAAUCCAGAAGCAAAGGCUUCAUUUCUUUUAUCUAACUAAUACGUUCAGUGGGAGUUAAUAUCCUUUACCUGAAGAAAUCUACACUUUAAUUCGGAGCAAUUAAUACGCAGCAGUUCUAGUUGAAAAUAUAAACAACAAAAAAUGCUUCUGUUGAUGCUCUUUUUAAUUUUCAGAACAAUUUCUUUUCCUUUAUACUUCUGUGAAGAGGAAAUCAUUUUUCCCAGCUUUCAACAUGGAACUUUUGGUUGUAUACAAUAUGAGUAGUGUUAAUAACUGGUUGACAUCUGUGCUUUGUUUUUGUGAAUCAUGUCACAUGAUAUUAAUUGGGAUGGUUAAUCAUGUUCUGCUGAGCAAUGCUGCUGCUGCUGGAAUUGCCCAUAUUUAUAUAUGUGGUUUUAUUAAAAAAUAACAACUAAUCAUUAGUGUUAAAACAUCAUUUCCUUGUUAAUAUUGUAAAAAGUUAAAGAAUCAGAGCAGUGGGGUUUUUGGUUUGUUUUUUAUCCCCACCUCCACUGACUGAGGCUGGAAAAGCUACGAAGAAAGUUGGUAUUGUCUGCAGUUCUAGUUGCUCCUUACACAGCAGUAUAAAAACCGUAAAUUCAGUAUUCAGUUUCUCCAUGGAUUCUUUGUAAUAAUUGUAAACUGAGAUAUUGGUGAAUCCAUAUUAUGACUCCAUUAGUGAGCUGUGGUAUGGUUAGGGUUUUCCUACUACUUCAAUACUUUUACCUGUAGAAUAUUUUUACUAAGGUGCUUUAUAAUGUGUUUUAAAGCAUUGCAUUUACAAAAGAAGUAAAAUGCUGUAAAUAUCGCUUAUUUUAUGUAUUUGGACCAAAAGGUUUAAGGUAACUAGUUUAAAGUGGGGGUUUUGCACCAGUUCUGUUAUGUGUGAAGUGAAAAAUAUCACAUUGGCUUCCAGGUUGAGUUAACUGUUGGACAUUGCUGAAAUGCACUUCAGUGACCUCUCUGACUCCAAUACCAGAAUGUUGUCCAGGGAUUCUCUUUACAGAAAUGUAGUCUUCAUCCUUUUAUUACGGUAAGAGGAAAAGAAGAAAAGUGUCAUGUGUAGCCUGGUUGAGAAAGAUGCAGUGAAAUUGAUUGACAUAAUUGUGUUUAUGUAACUGCCUUUUGUGAGUGUUGUAAAGUUGUGAGUUGCCGUUAUUAACAAUGUGAAACACCUGGUAGAUGAAGUAAAUUGAAAUUUGAGAACAGAUGUUUGGGGCCACUGCAUUUAUAGCAAAUGGCAGUGGAGAACUACAAGAAUUUGUUUCCUCUUGAAUUUUCUUAAAGAUCUGAGUAUUUACACAUCUUACACCUGCCUUUCCUUACAGUACUUUUCGCAGGGUUUGUUGGGGGAAGGCACGGAGGAGACAAAGUGAGGAAUGGUGGUAAAGGUUAAAAUUCCUAAGGGAUGAUGCUGAAGGCUUAGUUUAAAAUUACCAAGCGGAGUUUCUUUAACCAGCUUGUUCUUGUAAUGAAAACAAAGGAAAUGGGAAAUGGUCUGUGAACUGGACGUCUGCAGCCAAAAGCAACAGCCCAAUUACAAAGAGUAUAACAAGAGGCUGUUGAGUACAUCUUGCAUUUUCUUUGUUUCCUUGCAUUUUUCCCUUUGGAUUUAAGAAUAGGUUUCUCACUGUUCUUCCCUAAUAACCAGGGAAGUUCCUUCUGAUAGCUUACCAUUUAUAUAGCAUGAACCAUGCAUAAGAUUUCCUAUUCUAGUUCUUGUCUAUUGAUGUCAUGAAUAAUGCCAACGUGUUUGAGAAUAGGAUGUGUUAGGUCACACAUGAAGACGUGUUUCCUGGCUAAAGAAGUGAACUGAGGAGUCAUACACAAGAAGUAGCUAAUGGAAAUCUAAAAAUGUCCAUAACAAAGCAGUAACUUUUUUGAAAUAAAAUUAAUAUUUAUAAUCCCGGGAAAGAUUAUGCACUCAGUGAUAGUUUUAUGUAAGAUAUUAUUUUGAGUAUGUUGUUUUCCUUCAGAGUAUUUUGGGUCAGUUUCCUUGAGUCUCCUUCAGAAUUUCCAGAAGAGCACCUCUGAGAGAGCAGAAGAGUUUACCAAGUGAAAACAUACAAUAUUCAUCUAAGUAAUGACAUAGGUAUGUAGACAAAUGCUUCUGUAUUGACAAGGAAUAGAUAGGCAAAACUUCUACUGAUUCAGUAGUCUACAGAAACCUCUUCUAUUCUGUGAGCAAUUUUAAAAGUUGUGUUUCUUUUUGUUGGUUUUUUUUUUUUCCUUCCAGGAUUUAGAAUUUCUUAACUAUGAGUCUUCAGUAACAAAAAUAAUAGAACAAUGCAAUUUUUUUUACUUUUAUAAGAGCAAUAUAGUUUUCAUAGUUCAUAUAAGAAAACAUAUUUUAUUUAAUCAGAUGUCACGUCCUGUUCUUUCCUAUGAACUGACAGGACUGAGACAAGCAAGAAUUUUAGGAAUAUUUUUUAAAAAUUCUAGCUCCAAUUGAAAAUGUCGUUGUCUGUAGAACACAGAGGGAAUCAAGACCGUGUACUUUUGUAUCUAUUGCAACCAUUGAGUCAACUGUGAACUUUUUAGAAUCCUUUAAAUUCAGAACUACCAAACUUGGAUUUCCUAAAAGAAAGGAAGAGGAGCUUUAGAGAUCUUUAAUAACCUGCUCGUUUCAUCUUCUAUUCAAAAAUUGAAACAAUUCAAAUUGUUGGUAUUAAAAAUAUUUUACAGUAUGCGAACAGAGUGUAUCUUGUGUAUUUUCCCUUAAUGGCUUAAGGUGAAAAGCAGCAGGACACGGAUUUUUGCUGUUGCAGGGUGUAUAAUCAGUAAACUUCCUAUGCAGCUUCCUAAACGAGGAUCUUUGAACUGAAGUCACUGUAGUCUCUGCACAGGAGUGAGAUUGGCUUUUUGCAGGGCUAAGUUCAUUUGAAAGGUGCUGAAUGUUCAUAUAUGUGUAGCUGAGAGUAGGUUUUGUUACAUUGUUCUGUAUUUUUUUGUAUGAAAUUAAUACCCAGAUUUUGUGCCCUGUUGAAACUCUUGAUGUCAGCUUAAUGGCUGUAGGUCCAGCUGCACUGGCGACUGCACAGCCGUAAGCAUAGCAUGCGGAGCACUUGCAACAGGUACACAGGGCAGUGUUGACAGGUGAGCAAUGGUGGGUUUAGCUCCUUCCCGUCAUCAUUCUGCAGCCAUGCAACAAGAAUUUCACUCUUAUUUUGUUAAUGCAUCUAUAAGCAGACACGAGGCCAGGGUGCAGGAUGUCCUGAGUGCGCAUUCCCGCUUGCUCUGGGUUGGUUUUCAGGCAGUUUUGCUGUUAUUGGUACGCUGAUCGUGGCUUCAUUUUCACAGAGGCCUGAAAAUGUAUAGUGGGAGGAAAAGCAGCAGCCCAUCCUGGCCGUUUGCAAUGCCUUUUCUGGGUUCUUAGUUCUUCUGGAUGCUUAGCUGGUUUUACUUUCCAGGAAUAAAUGUUUGCUUAUUUAUGGUCUCAGAACAGUUCUAUUCUAUAUCAGGGAAAAUUAAGUUAUUUCCUGUGAUAAUUUUGUUAACAUUUUCCAUUGGGUUUACCUGCUGUUGCUCAACAAAAAGGUAUAUGGGUGAUGCUGUCUGAACUGUGCUGCUUAAGCAGUCAGUGGAAAAGCCUGUUUCAAGUGCGCUGCCCAUUUAGCUCUUCAAAAUUGGAAUAUGCUUUACGACUACUAAAGAUUAAACUUAAGGAAACUGUAAGGCUGCUUAGUUGGAUGGAUGCUUCCUUUAGCGUAAGCCUAUGCAACUACGUGAACUUUACAGCAGUAUUUAUGGAAAGAGUCCUCUUCCGGAGACUUUUCUGGAGCAUAAUUAUAAACGUUCGUUUACUUGUACUGUCUGAUAUUUACAUCAGCAACUUUCUGUAGCUUCUGUAAAAGAGACAGGUUUGUGAACAGUUCUAAAGCAGUACUGAAUGUAACUUUGAAAAACAUGGAUUGUGCUUCAUGACUUUCUUUCUGAACACACACACACACUCACACACACUCACACACACAGCUGAAUAGUGCCUUUUUUCCUCACAGUCCAUGUUGAAGAUGCUCGCUCCCACUCACCCUCUGCAAAUUGAUUCGUUUGUGCAAUACUAUUCCGACUUGAAACCAUCUUGUCACAGCUGUUUGAGAAAUAAUCUCCAUUUUUCCUUACGUUGCUGCCAGCUUUCUGUUGUUGAAGUGUUUCAGUUGAUUACCUAAUGCAAAUGCUAUAAAAUAAAAUACCCAGUGGGAAGGGGAAAGAAAAGAA